AUGCCGAUUGAGGCGCUUCCUCAGAACACAAUCCGGGCGAUUGGUUCCACAUCAGUCAUCUCCGAUCCAUGCUCAGUGGUCAAAGAACUCAUUGACAAUGCACUCGAUGCAUCCGCCACUUCGUUGCAGAUUGAAAUAUCUCAAAAUACGAUUGAUGCGAUUCAGCUCAAGGACAACGGUCAUGGGAUUCCACCAGAGGACCAACAAUACGUUUGUAGGCGUUCCUUCACAAGCAAGAUCCAGACAUUGGAUGAUCUCAAGAAUGUCGGUGGAUCUUGUCUAGGCUUUCGUGGAGAAGCAUUGGCGAGUGUAGCAGAGAUGUCGGGAGUCGUUGUGGUCACUACCCGAGUUCAGUCGGAAGUUGUUGGCUCUUGUCACAAGUAUGGAAGGAAUGGGGAGUUGACUGGAACACAGCGAAUAUCCCAUCCGGUGGGGACAACAGUUCGCAUUGAAAACUUCCUCAAACAUAUCCCUGUUCGGAAGCAAACAGUCUUGAAAGCAGCCACAAGAAACUUGACAAGGAUCAAAAAGCUUCUUCAGGCAUAUGCCAUGGCACAGCCAUCUAGGAGAUUCUCGCUCAAAGUUCUCAAGGCGAAAAAUGAAAAUGGCAACUGGUCAUAUGCACCAAGCGCAGAUGCCUCCGUGUCUGAUGCAGCUCUUAAAAUCGCUGGAACGGAAGUGUCGUCUUGUUGUGUUGUGCAAAAGCUUUCUUCCCAAGCUCUCGCCCAGAAUGAAGGGUCAUCUGAUCAAGAAGAUUAUGAAAUGACUGCUUUUCUCCCCAAACCCCCCUUUGAUGCAUCAAAAAUCAACAAUACAGGACAGUUUAUUAGCGUCGAUGGUCGUCCUCUUUCCAGCAGCAGAGGUAUCGGACUAGAAAUUGUGAAGCUCUUCAAGCCAUACAUCCGUCUCACUACGACUCAAACCGAAUCUUCCAAGACCAUAACGGAUCCUUUUCUCUGCUUGCAAAUAACUUGCCCUAAGGGGACUUACGAUGUCAACAUCGAGCCAGCAAAAGAUGAUAUUCUAUUUGAAGAUCGGGGACUUGUUCUGGCUUUGGCAGAAACUCUUUUUCGAGACCAUUACGGGGAGCUUGCAGCAGGGAUGAAGCAAAGUUCCACCAAAGCAAACGUGACAUCAUCUGAAGCAAGAGCUAGUAAUGGUGGAUUUAGCCUGCUGUUGGCUAGGAAGCCUGCUGCAGACCUAAACACUCAGUCUCGGCAGGCUGAAGAUUCCUUUGACGGCAAUAUCAUACAGAGCCCUCUUUCGCAAAGACAAGACCAACCGGAAUACUUAACAUCGGUCUCCGAUAACCAAUACAAGCCCAAUGAAAGCCUCGAACAACCUAAUGUCAAUACACCAAAACGCUCCAGCUUGGCCAACCCAUGGUCUAUCUCGAAAAUCAAUGCAUCUUUCCAAACACCACGACACGAUCAGAAUCGAUUCGAUCAACCCAAUUCUGUGAAUCUGGUCAUUCGAAGCCCAGAGGGAUCCAGACGGAGAACUUCUGACUCAAGAAGCCCUCAAAACUCUCCUCAAAGUCUGGAACCUCCAAGUCCUCCUAUUUCAAGGAUCGAAUCUGUGUCCUCGGUGAGGCGCGGCCAUAAAGGUCCUCGGGAGCUGAUUGAUUCCUCGCCGGAAAGACCUCGCGUAUCAAGUGCUCGCAGAGCGGAAAGAGAACGAGACAGGGAACGCUACGGAAAUGGGGCGCUCGAUACGUGGUUUCAGAGAACAACGCAAAUUUCACUUCAACAGAGCUCUGUACAGGAAGAACCUACUCAAGAGCCCGAAUCGCCGCUUUCGUCGCUUGCGCAGGAGAGAUUCGGAUCGCACCCGGGGCGUUCACUCAACAAUUCGCCCGUUGACGGACAGAGCGAUGGAGCACUUGACGAUUUAUCCGACAAUGGCGAAGCAGAACAGUUGUUUCGACGUAACUCUCUUCCACAUGAUUUGAACGAGCAUACCAAUGAGUCUAUGGACAGUGGCCGAGGGUUUCCAGUUCUUGAUAGGUGGGCCGCUCAGCUCCAUGAGGGUUUCAAUGCCGAAGAAAGCUCGGACUUGGAGAAGGCGCUUGACUUUGAACGGAGGAAGAAGGAAGCCAUACAAAGCAGCCGUGUUCGGUCCCGGGAAAACGAAUCACUGUCAAAUUCACAACCCAGACCACCGGUCUCGCAUUCUCCACACCAUAGCCGGUACCUUGCCGCCAAGGCUGCUUUGAGCUCAUCGCAAACUUCAAUCACGGACCCCUUGUCCAUUACAACAAUUUCCACUCAUGACCCUCGAGCAUAUUUCAUCCGUCAUCAAACCAGAAAUCAAUCGGACGAGACUUCGGCGACUGGGACAAAACCCCGGAAGCUGCCUUCGAACCGACUGCCACUUGAACGCAUACCAGGUGGCUAUGACUUGCAUGAUCUCGAAGCCACAUGCUCCAUUGAUUUAUCACUGAUAUCCAAUCUCCAUGGGCAGCAUACGCAGGAUGAUAUAUCCAUCGAUAGUGACAACGAACCAAAGGCAUUCUCGGGGUCCAACGUGGAGAAAUUCACCCCGCUCUGGGCUGAACGAUUGUCGCUUCUGAUGCAGCAAAAUUACAUGAAGAACGAUCAGACAUCUUUAUUUACAGGGACAAUUGAUCUUUCGCCAAUUCUCUCUAACCAUUUGAGGGAUAUCGAUGCGAAAUGA